AUGUCCGCUCCAUUGGAGAAUAUUGCCAUCAUUGGUGGCGGCGGCAAAAUAGGACGUAUCAUCCUGCGUGGCUUGAUAUCCGCACCUCAGCUAUCCAUUAUCGCCUUCAAACGUCCAGGCAGCACGUCCACCUUCCCAUCCGCGCCCAAUCUCAAGGUCGUUGAAACAGACUACACCCCCGACGCCCUCGCGUCCCACUUGGAAGGCCAAGACGCGGUCAUUUCCGUCAUCGGCGGAACGGGUUUGACGGAUCAGCGAGGCAUUAUCGACGCUGCUGUCACGGCAGGCGUCAGGCGCUUCUUCCCCAGCGAGUUCAGCAUCAAUGGCCAGAGCGAAGUAGCGAGGCAGUUGCUGCCGUUUUUUGCGGUGAAACAGGAGACGCUAGACUAUUUGGUUGAGAAAGAGAAGGAUGGUUUGUGCUGGACGUCUCUCAUUAUCGGACCGCUGCUAGACUGGUGCUUGGCGAACGGUUUCUUGGGUUUCGAUCUUACAUCCAACAGAGCCACGAUCUGGGAUGACGGCAACACACGCUUCAGUUGCGUCAACGAAGCAGCGCUAGGCAAGGCUGUGGUUGCAUCUCUUGAACACCCAGCCGAGACGGCCAACAAGCACGUAUACAUCUCCUCCCUGAACGUGACACAGAACCAGAUCCUGCAGGCUCUGGAGCAUUCGACUGCGACGACAUGGGCCGUGAAACACACGACUUCCACGGAGCAGAUUGAUGCAGCACGGGAGAUGCUGGCGAAGGGAGAUUUUGCUGGCGGUUUCACACUGGUCAAAGCCUCGUGUUGGUCGAAUGUGCCGGGUUUGCGCCAGCACUUCGAGGUCGCUGAGAAAGAGCGGUUAAUGAAUGAUGUGCUCGGCGUUGAGAGCGAGAGUUUGCAGGAAACCGUUGAGCGUGUGCUUGCAGGAGAGCGCAGCGGCGAAUAUUAUGUUUAGGAGCAGAACGCUAGUGAAUCCAAAAUGGAACUAAGAUUCGGUAAAGAAGUGAGGGAGGCACCUUCAUGUAUGAAUAAGCCAUCUUGAUUAGGUCCACAGUUGUUUAGACUUGCUCACGAGAAUAAUCAUUCCUUACCAUCGCUCCUAUAGCAUCUGCACCUCCCCCAAUCCAUCCCCGUGUUCUCCACAGACUCCCUCUUAAAGGCAUCCACGCUGCUCCCAACUCCAAAAUACA